GGCAGGGCCGGAGGCGGGCACAGGCGCGGGGAAAGGAGCGGGGCCCCGGGGCGGAGCCUGGGGCGGCCCAAGGGGCGGAGGCGCAGCCCUGCCCCCUCCGCCGGGCCCGCCCCUGCUCCCAACCAGGUCGGACCCAACCAUAUAAAGGCGCUGAGCGAGCGGCGUCGGCUCAGAGCAGCGGAAUUGCAUCAGUGCUGGUUCUGUAGCCAUGUCUGGUCGGGGUAAAGGCGGUAAGGGGCUCGGCAAGGGCGGCGCCAAGCGCCACCGCAAGGUGCUGCGCGACAACAUCCAGGGCAUCACCAAGCCGGCCAUCCGCCGCCUGGCUCGGCGCGGCGGCGUCAAGCGCAUCUCGGGGCUGAUCUACGAGGAAACUCGCGGCGUGCUGAAGGUGUUCCUGGAGAACGUGAUCCGCGACGCUGUCACCUACACGGAGCACGCCAAAAGGAAGACUGUCACAGCCAUGGACGUAGUCUACGCUCUCAAGCGCCAAGGUCGCACUCUCUACGGCUUCGGCGGCUAAAGCUUCUCCUUCCUGCCGCACUACUGCCACAAAACCACAAAGGCUCUUUUAAGAGCCACCCACCUAUUCCUUUAAAAGAGCUGUCUCGCUUUAUGUUUAUAUAUCGUUGAUUGCUGUAUUUGUCCCUGACUAUUUAACGAAGAGCCUGUCUCCCGUUUUCAGUCCUACAUCGGGUAGGUCAGGUCCCUGCUUUUCGGAGGCCAUUUAGAAAGGAUAAUUAACACAAAAUCCACACAGGACAAGUGCGUCAAUUACCCGUCCCUAGGAAAAUAUGAGCAAACUGCGAUAUGCCCAAUGAUCUCCACAAGGCACCGCAGCAUUCUUUUCCAUAUUCCCUACCCGUCACUCAAAGGCACCUGCAGAACCAACUGCAGCGCCUCUAGUAGAGACACCCUGGAGCAGCCUGUUCGCACUUCCGGGCGCCGCUGCAGCCCACGAGAGCGCGGGCCCGCGGCCACGGACGGUUCGGCGCCCGCGCCAUUUCCAAAAGCCCGCGCAAACCACGAUUGGCCCCGGGACAUUUCCCGCUCCCCUCGGCCCGCGCCCA